CAUCACUGGAUCCAGUCACACGCGCACUGCGCGAGCUACACCAACAGCAUUAACGGUUUGUAUACAUAACCGCACGCGGAGGGAGAGUGGAGCGUUACACCGGUAUCGCGGUACAAUCAGAGAUCUUCUCUCCUGUUUGUUUGUUUGUUUGUUUGUUUGUAGUAUUUAUUUAUUUUUUAAACGUACGUGAAACGAGGAGACUUUGACUCAGCGCCGAGGGAAACUUUUUGUUUUGUCUUUGGCAGACCGAUGCUGCGCGAGACUGACACAGAGGCGCGCGCGUGUGUCGCUUAACAGAAUUUGUGAAGAUGUGAUUUCGGAUACAUAUAUAUAUAUAUAUUUCUUUCUGUCAACGACAGUGAGGCUACCUUUUUAACAGACAAGCAAAAUGAGAAUUACCCUUCCCAGUGCCGCAUGCAUUCUUCUCAUUCUCCAGACGUUAUGGUGGGGCAUAUUUGGCCAGUGCGAGGAACCGAGCGAAAUCUCCAAACUUAAUCUUUCCGUGACGUACGACCUCCCUCGCUUUGUCUCAAACACACCUGUCCAGAAUCUUCUAGUUUUCAACGGAAGCGUAUACGUCGGCGCUACCAACAUUCUUUACGCGUUAUCUGCCGACCUCAAGAAAGUCGACGAUUAUAAGACCGGACCUGUGCACGAUGGCCCACAAUGCAGUUCUUGUGAAUGCUGCACCGGCCAACGUCCCAACGCUAACAACACCAGCAUGGCCCUGAUAAUGGAGACCUACUACGACCCCGAGCUGUUCGUCUGCGGCACGGUCGGGAACGGCGUCUGCAGCCGGUACCUGCUGGAAGACGGUCAGGAAGACGUCGAGGUGGACUGCAUGGGUUCCCAUAACAAAGACGGCAGCUGCUAUGUCGCAGGUCCAGCCGGAACCCGGAUCGUGAACGUGGAAGUCGGUAGAGUCGUGAGGUUCUUCGUUGCAAAUUCGGAGCCGCUAGAUCCGUCUCCAGCUCCACGUCUUCACCACACCAUCUCCGUCCGAAAGAUGUGGGACACCCAGGACCGCUUCGAGUAUGUUUCCGAGCAGUCCUACAUGGACCUGAAGCCAGCGUUGCGCGGGAAUUAUCCUCUGCACUAUGUCUAUUCCUUCCAUAGUGGCUCGUAUGUUUAUUUCCUCACCGUGCAGCGAGAAAGCAGCUCCAGGGCUUUCCACACGCGAAUUGUCCGUAUCUGCUCCUCCGACCUGGAGCUUCAACACUACGUGGAAAUGCCCUUCGAGUGCAUUUACUCGGAGAAAGGGAGACGGAAACGUUCGACCCAGACGGUGUUCAACGUCCUCCAGGCCGCUCACGUAGCCAAAACCGGAAGCAACCUACGCAGGGAGAUGGGCUUUAAAGAAGGAGAAGACGUGCUCUUCGCCGCGUUCGCCAAGAGCAAGCCGAACUCCCCCGAGCCCACAGCCAGCUCCACAGUGUGCGUCAUCUCUAUCGCCGAGAUCAACAACUUCUUCAAGGACUUCAUGAGGCAGGCCUACACCAAGCCGCUCUACCACUUAACUGGAGCCAAAAUGAAGUCCUACAACCAGAGCUCAUUUGAUGAUUCGUUUGGCUGUGGGAAGCAUGACAAAGGCUACAGGUUGGAGGUUAAAGGAACCAAUCCACGUAAAGACUGGUUUAACGGCCGCUUCAGGGACGUUCUCCUCACCUCCAUCGCCGUGGUACCCGUGCAGGAACACACAGUGGCUACCCUUGGGACUGCAGAUGGGAGAGUCAUCCAGGUGGUGGUUUCCCGUUUUGGCAACACAGAGCCGCAUGUAAACUUCCUCUUGGACACGCGCCCCGUCUCCUCAGAAGUCGCCGUGUUGUCUCCACAGAGCCCGGACGCCUCCCUACUGCUGGUCACAGGAAAUAAGGUAUCGAAGGUGCCUGUGAUCGGUCCCGGGUGUGAGCAGUUAUUAAACUGCAGCUCGUGUCUGCUCGCUCCUGCCUUCAUGAGUUGCGGAUGGUGCCGGAAAAGGAACCUCUGCACUCGCUCGCCUCAGUGCACCGGCUCGAGCUGGAGCCAAGAUUCCUGCCCGCUCCUCAUCUCUGAGAUCUUUCCUAAAACAGCUCCACUGAAAGGCCACACCAACAUCAUGAUCUGUGGCAAAAACUUUGGCUUCAGUAAGAAAGAUCGCUUUGACGCCAAGCUCAUCGAAGUCGACGUGGCCGGAGCGAGGUGCAGGCUGACGGACAAGGACAUCAGCAGUCACCGGUUGAUUUGUAGCCUGGAUCAUGUGAACGAGUCCAAUUCCGAUCGCUCGGUCCGAGUACGCAGCGGAAAGGAAGAAGGACAGCUCGAGGGCUUCUCGUUGGUGAACCCAGUUAUUAAAGGAAUCGUUCCCGAAUUUGGUCCCAAAUCCGGCGGAACCCUGCUGACCAUUAAGGGUUCGUACCUGAACAGUGGAAGCUGGCGAAAGGUUACGAUCGGAAGUGGCAACUGUGUGGUUCAGAGUUUAUUAGCCAACAUGUUAACAUGUCAGACUCCAUCUCAAGACUCACCUUCCCAGCACAAGGUGCAGCUGCAUAUCGACGGAGUGACAUUCCAAGCUCCGUCCAACUACACCUACAACGAGGAUCCGCUCAUCCACAAUGUACAGCCCACACGCUCCUUUAUCAGUGGAGGCAGCACAGUGAUAGCGUCUGGCGUCUACCUCCAUUCAGCCAUGCAUCCUCAGAUGGUCCUCAGCGGUCCUCCGUUCACCAAGGACAAAGAGGUUUAUGUGACCUGCACGCAGGGUGAAGACAAACUGGCCAUCGUGUGCAUCACUCCCUCGCUGAAAGGCCUCAACGUCCGUCCUCCCGUCGCCACCAAGAUGAAGUUCGUGCUCGACGGCUUCUCGACGCGGCAGUUCGACUUGACCUACGUGGAGGACCCGAAUUUCGAGGAGUUUCAGAAGCCCACUCUCACUCCCAGAGGCAGCAAGAGUGUGCUGGAAAUUAAGGUUCCUCGUGUGGAUGUGGAAGCGGUGAAGGGAGAGGUGUUGCGAGUGUCGAAUCGCUCCUGUGAGAGCGUAACUCUGGUGGGAAACACACUGGAGUGCACGGUGCCCUCCGAACUCCAGACCUCCACCAGAGAGCUCGAGGUGGAGUGGAUGCAGGCCUCGUCCUCGGUCAGCCUGGGCCGCGUGGUUUUGGCGCAGGAGCAGGACUACAAGCCGCUGAUCGCCGGCGUGGUGUGCGUGUCCAUCCUGCUGCUCUUAAUGCUCGCGCUCUUCGCCUGGAUCAAGAAGAAGAAGCACAUCGAUGACCAGAGCUUGCCGAUGUCUCCGAACGAGUCGUGUCGUCCUCCCCCGUACGUCCACGCACACGUGGACCUGUCCUCCAUGCUGGGGGCGGAAGGAGACCUGUCUUCUCCCCUCCUGCCCGGUUCCGCACCUGUGGACCUGAGUAACCUCCACCCUGAGCUCCUGAAAGAGGUGCAGCACGUCGUCAUCGCCAGGGAAGACCUGCUCUUACACGUUAAUGAGAUUAUCGGAAGAGGACACUUCGGCUGUGUUUUCCACGGGACUCUUCUAGAGCCAGACGGCCAGAAGCAGCACUGCGCAGUCAAGUCUCUAAACCGUAUCACAGAUAUCGAAGAGGUGUCACAGUUCCUGAAGGAAGGAAUCAUCAUGAAGGACUUCAGCCAUGCAAAUGUGCUGUCUCUGCUGGGAAUCUGCCUGCCCAGUGAAGGUUCUCCUCUGGUGGUGCUGCCUUACAUGAAGCACGGAGAUCUGCGCAACUUCAUCCGAGACGAGAGUCACAACCCCACGGUGAAGGAUCUCAUGGGCUUCGGCUUGCAGGUUGCUAAAGGCAUGGAGUAUCUCGCCAGCAAGAAGUUUGUACACCGAGAUCUCGCAGCCAGGAACUGCAUGCUGGAUGAGAGUUACACAGUGAAGGUGGCUGACUUUGGCCUGGCCAGAGACGUGUACGAUAAGGAAUACUACAGCGUGCACAACAAGAGCGGAGUCAAGCUGCCUGUGAAAUGGAUGGCUUUAGAAAGCCUGCAGACUCACAAGUUCACCACCAAGUCUGAUGUCUGGUCAUUUGGGGUGCUGCUAUGGGAACUGAUGACCCGAGGAGCCCCGCCCUACUCCGACGUCAACUCCUUUGACAUCACGGUUUUCCUCCUGCAAGGACGAAGACUGCUGCAGCCGGAGUUCUGCCCUGAUGCCCUCUACAACGUGAUGAUUGAGUGCUGGCACCCCAAACCCGAGCGGCGCCCCACCUUCUCCGAGCUCGUCUCGCGCAUCUCAGCCAUCUUCUCCAGCUUCAGCGGAGAGCACUACAUCCUCCUGAACACCACCUACGUCAACAUCGACAAGAUGACGCCCUACCCUUCUCUCAUCUCGUCCCAGAGCCAGCUGGACCGGGACUGCUGCACCUGAGAGCGGAGAUGAAAUACACACACACGCACGCACACACACACACACACACACACAGGAGGAGGAGGAAGGAAGGUAGGAAAGCUUUCCAGGACCUCUAUAAAGGGAGGAAUCUGAUUGUCUUUAUCACUGUAGAUAGAGUAGAUCUCUCUGCACCAGGAGGAGGUUUCAUCUCUCAGAGCCGCUGAUAUGAACUCGAUUCGAGAGACUGACAGACGCAGAGCAGCUCUCAAGACGUCGUCUCUCACUCAGAAGAGCCGGCAGACGCUAUUCAAAACUGUGAACAGGAGUCCAAGAACAUCUGCACACUACUCGCAGGGUUUUUUUAUCAACUCCACUGGUUCCGAAUGAAACAUUUGAAGUGAAGCAUUGAUGUGACGUACACUGUGCAUUGCUGAUCCAGGAUCAGUUCUUGUCUAUAUAUACUGUAUAUAUUUAUAUAAAUAUAUAUAUUGCUGAACAGAAUGGAUUCUGGAUGGAUCCAGCGUCCGACUGACCUGAGAACAGCAGGACGGGACUCUCUCAGCAGAACACUGGAUGUGAAAUGACACGUGAUGAAUCUGUAAAUGGAAAAGUAUUGUUGUUUUUAUUUAGGGAUGCAUCGAUAACAUUGCUGGUAUCAAGUAUCGUAUGAUUCUGAUAUCAGGUAUGAUACCAAGCAGCAGCGUCUUCCACCAAUACAAGAAACCUGAUAAGAGAUAAAUAAAAUGUUCCGUGACCUCCCUGAUUGAUUAACAGUAAGUAGGCUGCUCUUUUUUUCUUUUUUUUAAAUCAAUUUCAAUAUCGCCGAGUCGUAGAAAACGUCGUACUCGUAGUAGCUCUGAAAAAAAUGGUAUCGAUGCAGACCUAGUUGUAUUUCCUUUCUUUCCACCUGUACAAAUAUUCACACACUAUGGAAUAUAUAAGCUUGUACAACUCUCACCAAACACAAUCUCAUUUGUUAAAGAAAUCCUGAUGAUUAUUUUCACAAUUUUUUUAAAGUCAGCGUGAAAUGUUCUCAGUGACGUAUGAAUGUAAGUUAGAGUUCCACUGAGCGGUGUAAAUAGUGUCCGUUUCUCGUGUCUGACCUGCUGUGUGAUUAUUGUAUGUGUAUGUAUAUAUAUCCAUCCAUCCAUCUUCUAUACCGCUUAUCCUACAGGGUCGCGGGGAACCUGGAGUUUAUCCCAGGGAGCAUCAGGCACAAGGUGGGGUACACCCUGGACGGGGAGUCUGUCCAUCACAGGGCACAAUCACACACACACAUUCAUUUAUAUAUGACUUAAUACAGAUUUCUGUAUUGUAUCAUAAAGGACUUUUAUUGAUUGGUGUAAAAUGUUCUUCACUGUAUAUUGUACCAGGCAUGACUCUCACUCGCAGUGGUCACCCUGUAUGAAUAAGGUACAGAUAAUAUCUUGGUUUUUUCCUCGUGACUUUGUUAAAUAAAGUUCCAUCAUCAGCG